ACUAUUCCCAGCUGCGACACACAAUGAGCGUCUUGCGCCCUGGCUACAGAAUUGCGACAUCCAAUAUUCAGUGAUGAGCCCGUGAUAAUUAGACCAUCGAUAUUUACCAAAGCGCCUUUACGUUUCCUUCAACGAGAGUCCUUUGACGCAGCGCAGGCAUCAACUCAAUUAAACCGCUUCGUAUGAACCGUGACGUAAGCGGGUAAGGCUCGUCCACUUGUGUCCCUAAAACGAACUGUGCCCGCUGCUCGUCAAAAGCAGCCAUGUCAAGCUACAACAAGACCAAGCGCCGCGUCGCAUACUGCAGCUUCAUCACCGUAUACGCUCUGUUCAUCCUAUCUCAUAAGGCCUACUUCCAGAUGCCUCGAAGGGGCGUGAAAUCCUGUGCGCUGGUCGUCGCCAAUCCCUCACAGCAAGAAACCAUCAAACUUUGCGCCAUGAUUUCACCUCAGCCCUUCAAAACUGCGCCAAGCAUCGAUGAGCCUCAGCACCAGAUCAGGCAGGGGCCCCACCAGUCAAAGCAGGCCGCGACUCGCGCACCGGAUGCAGCCUGUCUCGGUCGGAUCAGCAAUGACGCCCCCGACGGCAGCAAGGUCAUCUCGACGCCAAGGAAAAACGUGGCGCCCAAGUAUUCAGCCCAAAGGGACUUCAUACUCUCCGACCUUUCGGUGCCGUUUGACGAGAGCGUCACACUGACGACGCAGGCGACUCACGAAUUCCUACAGCACGUUCCGGUGCUGUGCUCCCGAUGGCAAGGGCCCAUCUCUGUGGCCGUAUACGCUCCGGGCACCGACUACGCAGUGGCGCUGGACAAGAUCGCCUACCUGCGCCACUGCGGCGACCCGUGCGUGAGCGCGAACGUGUCGUGGCACGUCGCGUUUGACAAGAGCCUCGCGCCGCCGAGGGCAGUCAAGGUGAACACUUCGUCUUCUGCGCAGUUUCUCCGGUCGUGGAACGGCUCGUGCUCCUCGGACGUGAUGGGGCGCGAGUACGCGCAGUUCCGCAAGGCGCAUCACAUACCCUACCCGAUCAACGUGCUCCGCAACCUGGCGCGACGCCGGGCGCGUACGCGUUACAUCCUCGCCUCUGACAUCGAGCUGUACCCGAGCGCCAACGUGAUUCCGCGCUUCCUGAACCUGGUGGCCGAGCGCCGGCGUCGCAACGCGACCGUGGCGCGGACACCCCAGGUGUUCGUGCUGCCCGUCUUCGAGGUGGGUGCCAAGCAGCGACCGCCGCUGACCAAGCGAGUCCUGGUCGAGAUGAUGCGUAACAAGACGGCUGUCUUCUUCCACAAGUGGAUCUGCGACCAGUGCCACAGGUUCCCCAAGCGAGAGGAGUGGGUGAAUUACGUUCCAGCAGACGAGAACCAGCUGGACAUUUUCACCACGACCAAGCACGACCGCUCCAAGAGCUUCUGGGAGCCUAUCUAUAUCGGCACCAAUGACGAUCCCUUGUACACGGAAGCGUUCAACUGGGAAGGCAAGCAGGAUAAGAUGUCACAGGUCUACGAACUGUGUCUACGCGGCUACGACUUCCACAUUCUGGACAACGCCUUCCUGGUGCACGCACCCGGCAUUAAGUACGUCAACGCCAGCGACGGCAAAAGCAGGACGCCAUUUAUGGGAAAGAACAAAGUGCGCUACGCGCUCAUCAUGAAAUAUCUCCGGUCCCGGUACCCAGCGCUUGCCAAUGACUGUUAGCACCCCUGUUCGAUACGCGGGUGCACAUUUCCAUGCUUGCGUGCCCUAUAAGUACUUGGGAAGGCCGUGCAGUUUAUACAAGCGUGUAUUAUAUAUUUUGUAUAGAGCGACUUCGUGGUAUGUAUUUAUACAGAAGUUAUCAUGACAGCUCCGCGUGUCUUACUGUGUUUCUUUUUCAAUUACGCAGUAAAGAUUCAUAAGAAGACAUCCUGAACAACAGUUCUAAGCGCCUGUGCCUACUUUGACGUCAUCGGGGAGAACAGACAUUACCAAUAGAGACGUCUACACGAACACGACAAGUGGCGCAUUGGAUCGCAUUUCUAGCCCAUCGCAUCCAUAUAUAAAUUGCGGCAUAGGGCUAGGAAUGCGAAUCGCAUUAGGAAAGAUAGUUCGAGAUCAUCUCACAGGAUGCACGUAUAUAAGCGCUGGCGUAUCGCAUCGAGGAAGAGAGUAAAUGUGAGAUGGCUGCCGGCAAUUGCCCUGCUCCACUCACCGGAAGCACCAAAAUGCAGGAAACGGGUUCCCGCUUCUUUCGGGCGAAGGGAGACGCGCCAUAUGUGAACGUUGUCGCCCAGUAUUACUAGCAUUAUACCAUGAUGCGCUAAGAAAUGUUAUACGUGCGCUACUGUCGCAUUCACGUAAACGGGGUUAUUGAAAGGCGUGCUCCAGAAAACGCUGUGGGCCUCACCAGCCUGCCAUGCUGAAAUGCACGGCCUUCUCAUUUG